AUGCCGUCCAGCGCGCAAGCGGCUGACUGGGCAUCCAGGUUCGAUAACGUGGAUAUUGGACAAACCAUUCGAUGCUCUGUCUGUAACAAAAAUCUCAUCCUCCAGCGGUUCUCCGGGAAUCAGCUCAAGAAAUACAAAGAAGCCGUCUUCCACGAACGUAGAGCUGGUGUCCCAGCUCCUCUUCCCCGAUGCACCACGUGUACAGCGGGAAACGUCGUCGAGUUGUACUGCACAGUCUGCCGAACCACCUUACCUGUCGACUUCUUUUCCAGAAACCACCGAAGCAAGCCCGACCAAGCGAAAUGCAGAAACUGCCAACAAGGAAUUGAAGAUCAAGUGCCAGGUUUGCGUGAGGCUGUUGAAGAGGAAGAAAUCAGGGAAGAAUUCGAGGCGAAGCGUCCCGGCCCAUUUUCAGGAAUGUCGAGUGUUGGCUCCGCACUUCCCAGCAUCAGUGGCUCGGUUUCAGGAUCAGGCAGACAGUCUCAGGCAGCAUCUACGACUGGUGACGGUGUGUAUAUGGGUCAGUAUGGUGAGGACCAUGAGUCGGCUUGGGGCGGCCGCGUACCCACGGACCGAUCACCCUCCCCAGCCAGCACCGCAGUCUCUGGGCUUUCCGGAUAUCCCACGCGAUCUACCUCUGAGUCUUCCUUCCUUCGAACUGGUUCAACGUACUCUAGUGGAACUGCACGAGGCGGAUUUCACAAACAAGGCGCCUAUAAACCCUCUGCAAAUGAUCGAGUGCUGAAUCGGAUUCAAAGGGACGACGUCCACCAACAACAGAAGUCUCAGGCGGGCAGUAAGGAAGAUGGCUCCGAUGAUGAAUCAGAGAUCGAUUUCGAGCUGUGA